UGUUAGCUCAGGGUGAAUCUUCCUCAGCAAAAAAAAAGAGAGAGCCUUAGGUACCCAUGCAGGAGGGUCAUAAACAUCUUCAGAGAGAGACACUGAGCCAGUCUUUAAACUACAGCAAUCACAAGAACUGACAUUCACUGAGUGCCUAUUCUUCACCAAGUCCUGUACUAAGCAUUUUAAGUAAGCUAACUCAUUCAAUCCUAACACGAUGCUAUGAGGAAACUGAGGCACACACAGGGAGGGUAAGCACUUUGCCAAAGGUUGCACAGCCAGAAAAUGGAAAAGCUGAGAUUCGAACCCAGGCAGUCUGGCUAUAGAGGUAGAGCCCUUGGCUCCUACUGCGUGUUGAUAGUAACCAGCCCUGCACACACCCGAAUCCGUUAAGAGGCUACAGCCCCGCAAAUAAAGCAGACGUGAUUCUCACUUCAAGAGCUAUUUAUUGAGCGCCUAGAACGUGCAGGCUCCAGGAUCCACAGGGCACAGGAAAGGCUCGUCUCUCCCACUCCGAUCCGAUGUCUGUCCGAGGGCGGCUGCUUCCCAGGGUGGGGCCCAAAUUUCAGGAGGAAGCUCCGCCUGACUAUCUCCACGCUGGACUGGGGCAGGAGGCCGGUGGGAGCCGAGAUAGCCGAGCUGGGGCGAGACCUGUCCGAGCCCGGGGCGGGGCGCGGUGAGGCGGAAGCGGAGCCAGCUGGAGGAGGGGCUUGCACCUGGCCGGGGCUGUGACACGGUGGCUCCGGGCAGGGCCUCCGCAGAGCCAAAUCGGAGCAGGACCUAAGCGGCGACGCACAGAGCCACAGACGCCUGUAUAGCCGGGGCAGGAAGAGGCGGAGCCAAGGGGAAAUGGAGCCUGCGAUCGCUCGAAGCUGUGACGCGCAGGGGGCAGGGCCCGGCUCGGCAGGGGCGAGAGGUGCAGAGGCGGAGCCAGAGCGGAGCGUGCGUGCGGUCGGUGUUAUGACGUACUGAACGGGGGCGGGGACUCGAGCAGAUGGUGCGCGGCGAGACGCGACGGCUGCAGUGCGUCCGCCGCACCGCUAGGGGCCAGCGGGGGUGGUCCAAAGAACCCGAGCGAGAGACAGCGAGAUACCCAUCGGUGCGGAGCGAGGACGCGGAGCAACCCCGAGCCCGGCUUCAACAUCCAGAGUUGACCCUGAGAUCCAACCUGGCCAAGCUGACCCUGGAUCCUGCACACCAGCCAGAGCUGACCCUGAGCCCCAGGCUAGCUGAGCUGACCCCGGGUUCCACAUGCCAUCCAGAGAUGACCCUCUGUCCUGGCUCAACUGAGCUGACCCUGGAGCCUGUGCACUGCCGACCUGAGCUCCUGGAUGCCUGUGCGGACCUCAUCAAUGAGCAGUGGCCCCGCAGCCGCGCCUCCCGCCUGCACUCCUUGGGCCAGUCCUCAGACGCCUUCCCUCUCUGCCUGAUGCUGCUGAGCCCCCACCCCACCCCCGAGGCAGCACCCAUUGUGGUGGGCCAUGCCCGCCUCUCACGAGUGCUGGACCGGCCCCAGAGCCUCCUAGUGGAGACAGUGGUGGUGGCCCGGGCCCUGAGGGGCCGUGGCUUUGGCCGCCGCCUCAUGGAGGGCCUGGAGGUCUUUGCUCACGCCCGGGGCUUCCGCCGACUACACCUUACCACACAUGACCAGCUGCAUUUUUAUGCGCACCUGGGCUACCAGCUGGGUGAGCCUGUGCAGGGCCUGGUCUUCACCAGCCAACGGCUGCCCGCCAACCUGCUCAGUGCCUUCUCCAGAGCCCCCUCCCCCCGGCCACGCUGCAAGGCCCCUAGCCUGACUGCCCAGGCUUCCCCAAGAGCCCCCAAGGGGCCAUCGUUGCCGCCACCCUCCUCCCCUGCCUGAGCCCUUGACCACCUCAACCCUACCCCCAGCAGGGUCCCCUCCACAAAG